AUGGCUGAUAUAUUCCUCAUCAACCCCAAGAAAGAUUCCGAAUUCAAAGCUGGGAAAAAUGGCAUUACAUUUCCCAAUUCCUUUCCUAUUCAAACUGCUCGAAAAUAUAUCGCACUGCAAUUCCCAAACCUUGAAGAGCGCCAGUUGAAUCUUUACGCUACGCUUCUUAACGAGUGCUACUUCAACUACGACCAUGGCCGCACUGCUGAACCUCCCUAUGCUCGAUGGAUCAUUUUUAUCCGAUGGGUGCAACAUGCUCACGGCCUCACCGGUGACAAUCGAAUCAUCAACGGAGUGGACCAAUGGAAUAUGAAGAAUUUCGCCAAGUAUUACAAUAAAUAUGUCAAAUUUUUCUUUCGCAUACCGAAGAAAACCGGCGAGCUGGGCUCUGCAAAUAUCGGGGAUGGCGAAGAUGACUCCCCAGUGCCGCUGAACCCAGCUAUCGACGACGGCGAUGUUGAUGAUGAUGGAAUCCUUGACGAGCAUGUCGAUUUUCUCAAUGACAUAGAUGAUGACGACUUCGGUGACGAGGAUGAUACUGGCGGUUCGGGUACUUGGGUUGGUGGCAAUAGUGGAACAGCAAAAGGUCGCCUGCCACCGAAUACCCAGAGCGGAUUUGGAGGGGUUGAUGUGUCCUGCGCGGUUUUCGACCCCUCUGCCGUGAGGACCAAUCUCUUCAGAUUUCCUAUCGAUGACGGGACUGCCUGGACAGACGUGGGUAGUGGCCCCAGUGGAGACUCUACUUACACUGUCCCAGGUUAUAUGACCUUCAGCUGGGCUUCCACUUCUACGUCUAUGACGAUAGCCGGCGAAACAAAAACAAAAUUUAUCCAAGAGCUCUCGAGAACUCUCAAUGUCGGUGCUGAUUUUGCUGGGUUUGGUGGUGAAUUCAGCCGUACAUACGAUGAUUCCUCGAAAGUAGAAACGUGGAAGAAAUACAUGGCCACAUACCAUCAGACGCUGAUUUACCGGUUGGGUUUCAAGGACAUUGACCAAGCAAAGACCUACCUUACGGAAACAGCCACAGAGGCGUUUAAGUCCUGGUCAGCGGAAAAAAUUAUCCAUACGUUUGGUACGCACUACAUGAUAUCGGCCACCUUUGGUGGUAUUCGGAUUACGUCGUCCUCUCUUGAUGCAUCCUUUUCUGGCCCCGAAACGGAACUUGAUGCGAAUGCGAAAAACAGUAGCAAGGACCAAACCGUCCAACAGAUUAUGAGUAAGAUGGAGCUUGUACGCACUCGCACCAUCGGCGGUGUGGCAGAUGAUAGCAAUGUCCAGGCGUGGCGGAACUCCCUCUAUUCAAAUCCGGUUGUUGUCGAUUAUGAUAUUCGGCCCAUUUGGGAGCUGAUCGACGACCAGAAUCUGGCCGGGCAAGUGAAAACCCAGGUUAACGCCCUACUGACUGCAGCUCAGCCAUAUGAUCCUUGCGAGAUAAUGGCAAUGUACGUCCCAAUAAAGAAGUACGCCGAUGAUCGGGGUAGUGGGGCCAACUAUGACCUUACUCUGGCUGUACCUGAUGUUCCUGAAGGCUGGCUUGAGCUAUGCCAGUACUCCCAGACCGGCAAAUGGAAUGACACAUUCAACGGCGCCAAUAACAAAGGAAUUGCUAUUCGGAUCAAUCCUAACAGAACCGUUGAUAGAGAUGGCGACGGUAAAAUCGAUGGAAAUCAACCGCCUGCAGUGAUGGGAGCUACAGGCCUUGACGUUCUCUGGCAGCAUUGGAGGUCUGACAGAAACUUUGCAGUGUACCGUCUCAGAGGGCCAAGUGCCGACUACGCGGCUAUUGGAGAUAUCUUUGAGAACCAGUGUGACCCUAACGCAGUUCAGCGCAGGCGCUAUGCCGUACUUCACAGUCGCGUGCUGAAUAAAUGCAGCGUGAAUACCGGCAAUGCAAAUGAUGGCCUUCGGCUCAUGUGGAGUGACCAAGGUUCGGGUGCCGGAGGCAAUGUGGUCCUGGUUGCGCCGCCACCAGGCUCAUGCCAACUUCUGGACGAGAACGGUAAUGUGAAGGAUCUGCCCGUAUUCGUGAAUGAUCCAGCAACUGGGAUGGGGUAUCCGUUUUACGGCUGCACUGUCGGAGACUAUGAUGAUGCAUUUGGAAUCAUCGCAAGUAUGCUGGACUGGUCAAAGGUCAAGUGGCUGGAGUCUGAAUGGCUUGGUGCCCCUUGA